GCCAUCACUUCUGUUCCACCGAUUGCUUUAGUCUCUAGAUAUUUAAUUAUCUUGAGAAUAUCAAGUCUCUAAGUGUUAAAAAAAAAUUUAAUUUGAUUUUUAAUUUGAAUUACCUUUUUAUCACAAUCUGGCAUAUUGUGACAGUUUGUUAAACUAAUUAUUGGUUUUUUCUUAUUUGCAGUUAUGUAAUUGCAUUUCAGUCAGAUUUUAUUCAAUAGCCGGCGGUUAAAAAUAUUAGAGUUAUUAAAGUUCAUCAUGAAUUUAGCAUUACUUUUGUCAAUAGCUUUUUUACUUUAUUUCUGUGUGACUGUUGAUUCUUCAACGUCUAGACCUAUUAUUGGAGUCCUUGUUCAAGAGACAAAUCCUACAAUAAAGAAAUACUAUCAUAAUGCUAAGAGCUAUGUGGCUGCUUCUUAUGUCAAAAGUAUUGAAGGAUCUGGGGCAAGAGUCGCUCCAAUUUUUAUUGGCCAACAAGAAACUUAUUAUGACAAUAUUGUUUCUUACAUAAACGGCCUUUUACUGCCUGGCGGCAAUACUUUUUUUAACAAUACCAAUGGAUACGCUGAUGCAGCUCAUAUGUUGAUGACAAAAAUUCGUCGAAUGCCAUACUUCCCAGUGUUGGGAAUUUGUCUCGGAUUUGAAGUACUCCUCUAUUCGGAUUGUAAUAAGAGCGAAAAGAGCAGAGAGCCUUGCAAAAGUUUAAAUACACUGUUGCCAUUGAAUUUCAAACCAAAUUAUAACGAUAGUUUAUUAUUUGAACACGCUCCAAGUCAAAUCAUUGAUAUUUUGAGAACAAGUAAAACCACGUACAACAGUCAUAUUUUCUGUGUUACUGAAAAAGUUUUACAAACUUGUAACCUACAAGAUAAAUGGAAAGUGUUAUCUACUAAUUUAGAUAUAAAUGGGAAGGAAUUUAUUUCAACCCUCGAAUCAACUUCACUCUCUAUUGCUGGGCUACAGUUCCAUCCAGAGAAAAUUUACGAAUGGAAGAAGAGUAAGAAUUACCCACACAGUCAGGAUUCAAUAACUGCUAUGAGAUAUUUCUUCGACUGGCUCGUAGACCACGCAAGAAAAAAUUCUCAUGCUUUUCCUUCCUAUGAAGCUGAACUGGAUAGUUUAAUUAGCAACUAUGAUAAAACAUUCACUAUAGAAAAUCUCAUUUAUGACGAACUUUAUUUAUUUAACAAAGAGAAUGAAUCGACUGAUGGAAGUGACAACGAUGGCGUUUGUAUAGCCUGCAAAAAAGUAAAUGCAAGAUCUCAAGAGAAACGAAAAUCAAAUUUUGAUAACAAAGAUCCAUUUUAUAACCAAUAUAAUCUGGAAAGUUGCAACAAAGAGCUUAGCUUUACAAAUGGUUAAGAAUAUUAUGCCAAAAUGUAUGUUUUUCCCUGCAUUUUGAGUGAUGCAUAUUAUUAAUAAUAAUGUUGAUUAUGUGUUUGUUUGUAAUUUUUUAUUAUAACAGUAUUAUUUUGAGAGGAAAGAAGUAUUAUUGACAUAUUGUAUGAUUCAUGUGUAUAUUUUAAAAAAAUUAAUAAGCAUGAUUUUGUAGCUUGAUCAUGCCCAAUCAUUUUGGUCUGCCUAUCUUUGCUGGCUUGGUCUGUCAGAUUUAGUAGUUAAUUUUGGUUUUAAUUGUUUAUCAGAAUUAGCUACCCCAACAUUGAAAAUGGCAAAAAGUCUGACUGGCCAAAACAGCAACUUAGGCGACCAAAAUGAAAGGAAACAACCAAGCUGUAAAAUCAUCACAAAAGAAAUACAAUUGUCUUAAAAAGACCAGACAUUUUUUAUUUUUAUUAUCUACAUUUUUUUAUCACGUUGUUUAAAUAAUGGAACAACUUUUAUUUCAUUAUUCAAAAGCAAACUCUAAUGUACAAUGAUUUAGGUUCCCAGUCAAGUAUUUUUAUAUUUUCAAAAUCAAAUAAAUGGUCGAUUUUUUUUUUUCUAUGCUUGGAAAGAGCUGAACCUUUUAUAUCUGGGAUUCUGAGUCUGCACUGUUUGCUUUGUAUUCUGUAUUUAUAUUAUUUGUUGCUGUUUAAUUUUUGAAAGCAAAUUUCAAAUUGAGUCAAUUUAUUUAUUGUG